ACUUGCAGCCCCGGUCCCUCGCGUUCUUUGCACCUUGCAACUUGCAAGGGAGCUCUCGGCAGGAAGGCCGAGACCUUUCUGACAGAAGCCUAUUGACGAACUAUUAAAAGGGCAAGGGAUGCGUCGUCAAAUACAAAUUUCACGCAACACCUCUUCCUAGUUUUUGCGCCUAGCCAGGGCAUCUGCUGUUUUCUUGGUCACCUACCUAGUUGUUACUCGCUUAGUUCAACACAGAGCAGCGAAAGACCAGAAAAUCGAAGAACAGGCCAAACCGACGUGUCUCAGUCGGCAACCAUCACGGCGCAAAAACAAACCGCGCAAUUCAAAUCAUCGCAAAAACACGAAGUUUACUCCAGCACCCAUGACAUCGACCGGGCUCGAUAUUAAAUACGCGCGGUGAUGGAUGUAGUAAACUCGACCGCCCGAGCGGCGGUCACGGCGGCGACGGCAGUGACAGGAACCGGAGACCGUCAUCCCAAUCCGCUAUCUUCGGCUGUAGCUGCCGCGAGUGAUGUUGCCAACGCUCAUGGCUCUUCCUCAUGGCUCGGUUUAUUUGCGAGGGUCGUUCUAUGGCUCCUCCAGUUCGUGUCAAUGGUGCUCUACUACGCAAUCAAGCUGGCGACCAUCUCGGUGCCUACCCUUUUGUACACCCUCUUCUCGACGAGCUUGACCGUCACCAUGAACGCGACUACUCUGAUGCUCAUCGUGGCAGCCAUGAUGGGCGCCAUCAGCUGGGUGGUGAGGUACCGCUACCUCAACAUGUACUCGCGGUUACCCCCCGAACCACAACGCAAGGAACCGGACGUCGAUCUCUUCCCGGAUACACACGAAGAAGGCAUCAAAUCGGGCUUGUCAAACUACUUCGACGAGUUUCUCAGCGCCAUCAAAAUCUUCGGCUAUCUCGAGCGGCCCGUCUUCCACGAGCUGACCCGCAGCAUGCAAACCCGGAAGCUUAUCGCCGGCGAGUCGUUCAACCUCGAAGAAGAGAAGGGAUUCUGUCUUGUCGUAGACGGCUUGGUUGAGAUUUUCGUGAAAUCGUCCAGUUACAACCGCCGCUAUGCUCACAGCCCCUAUUUCAGUCCCAACAGCGAAGCCCCCUCGAGCGAUGACGAGCACCCUGCUCCGGGGCAGCAACGCUACCAGCUAUUGACCGAGGUCCGGAACGGUGCCCCCAUGUCUUCGCUAUUUUCCAUCAUGUCGCUCUUCACCGAAGACGUCCCGCUGCGGCACGGCGACGAAGACAACUCAGAACCCGGCACCGCCGGCCACGGUGGCCUCUUUCCCAACUAUCCCGCCAGCGCAGACUUUAGAAAGUCUCGCGUCAGAAUGGAUUCCGUCCCGAAUACCCCUCAGAUGGAUGCGUCUGCGUCGAAUUCGGCGGAUAAUCUGCCUGAGCAUCUCGACCGUGGCCUACCCCACGUUCCGCCCAUCUCACUCGAUGGCAGUGGCUUCGCCAAACCUCAAAGACCUAUCCCAAAAAGGAGCAGCACAACCUCAGCUCACCCGGACAUCAUUGCGAGGGCAACGGUAGACACAACUGUGGCCAUUAUUCCCGCCAGUGCCUUUCGGCGCCUAAUCAAGAUAUACCCCAAGGCCACGGCACACAUUGUUCACGUCAUUCUAUCCAGAUUUCAGAGAGUCACACUUGCGACGGCAUACAACUACCUUGGGCUUACCAACGAGGUCCUACAGAUUGAGCGCCAGAUGCUCAAGUACACGACGCAACAACUUCCUAACCAUCUCCGGGGAGAUGCGCUGGAUAGGCUCAAGGAAAAGUUCAAGCGAGAGCGGGAGAGGAUCGGGGAGGAGGAUGAUGUCAGCAAAGGGAUAGCGCUUCACAAUGCUAGUGCUGGCCGUAGGCGCCGCUCAACAGCAACCCUUCGGAAAGAGGCAGCUUUGCAAGCCUUCUCCAAGCAGCGCCAUCUCUCGGUAUCGAGCUCGUCGUUUACCGUCCCCAACGCGGGGGACCUUGUAACACAUUUGCAGCAGUCAAGAGGCGGCGGCAACAAAUCGCAAAGCGUCGCUUUCACCGACGGUCCUUCUCCACAUCUCGAUGUACAGAGGGACGCGGCCUCCCCUCUGGCUCAGCGCGCCUUCAACCCGUUCACGGCUCCGAGGAACGUCCACAUAGCACUCGACAAGAGGGAGACGCUAGACGAGGACAACCUCUUCCGGGAGUCGAUCCUGGAGUGCAUGUUUAGGUCCAUCGGCUUGAGUGGCAGCGGAGGCUCGAAUAAGGAUACAGACUCAAACCAGGCCUCCCCCCGGCUCAUAUCCUUCGAUCAGCGGCGGCAAAAGGCCGUCUUCACAAAUCACGCAUUCGGAUUUAUGGACGGGCUCGACGGCUCAGCCGACGGUGACACAGAAUCUAUCACAUCCGCUGGCCUAUCUAUGCCGACGUCUCCGAAUCCUCAGUUUCUCGCCCAAGAGAUGAGAGACGAGAUGGAGAUCGUCUUUUUCCCGAAAGGGUCUGUGUUGGUGGAACAGGGUGAGAGAAACCCCGGUCUGUACUAUGUCAUCGACGGCUUUCUCGAUAUCUGCACCCAGGAAAAUACCGCACCGUCUGAUGUCGUCCACGCUACUGGCAGGACAUCACUGCAUGCGAUGGAUAACGCCCAGUCGCUCUGCUCGCCGCACCCAUUUGCGGAAUCCAUGCGCAGUGGAAACAAUGUUGAUGAUGCCGAGAUUAAAUCCAAGUCCAACCGGCGAAGCGUGGCCUUGAUCAAACCCGGUGGGCUCGCCGGUUACGUUGGGACUAUCUCAUCAUACAGGUCGUUUAUUGAGGUCGUUGCAAAGACCGAUGUUUAUGUCGGCUUCCUCCCGCUCACCUCGAUCGAGAGAAUCGUCGACCGGUAUCCCAUCGUGCUCCUAACCAUGGCAAAGCGGCUCACGAACCUACUCCCCCGGCUCAUUCUUCACAUCGAUUUCGCCUUGGAGUGGCUCCAGGUCAAUGCCGGUCAGGUCAUCUUCCACGAGGGAGACGAGAGCGAAGCUAUCUACAUCGUGCUAAACGGCCGCCUGAGGUUGGUCGAGGACAGGGAGGACGGCGGGAUGAACGUCAAAGCCGAGUUUGGUCAAGGCGAGAGUAUCGGAGAGCUUGAAGUCCUGACCGAGACCUCUCGUUCCGGUACCCUGCAUGCCAUCCGGGAUACAGAACUCGUCAAGUUUCCCCGCACUCUGUUCAACAGCCUAGCCCAGGAGCACCCCAACAUCACGAUCAAGAUCUCCAAGAUCAUUGCCUCUCGUAUGAGAUCGUUGAUUAACGACCCGUCAACGAUGCUGGGGAUCAAGGACUCGUCUGGCAGGAGCUCGAUCAACAAGAGCUCCACCACGCUCAACUUGAGGACUGUUGCCGUCUUGCCGGUUUCGGCGGGCGUGCCCGUGGUCGAGUUUAGCAAUAGGUUGUUGAGCGCGCUGACGGAGGUCGGGGCUCCCAACGGCGCCACCUCGCUAAAUAGCGCGGCUGUUCUGAAUCAUCUUGGAAAGCACGCAUUUAACAGAAUGGGCAAGCUCAAGCUGUCACAGUAUCUGGCUGACCUGGAGGAGAAGUACGGGCUCGUUAUCUACGUAGCUGAUACGAAUGUCAAUGCCCCAUGGACGCAAACAUGCGUCGCCCAGGCUGACUGCGUCCUCAUGGUCGGCUUGGCUGAUGGCUCCCCCGAAAUUGGAGAGUAUGAGCGCUUCAUGCUCGGCAUGAAGUCGACGGCGAGGAAGAUUCUGGUUCUUCUCCAUCAGGAACGCUACUCCAACUCCGGCUUGACCAGAAAGUGGCUCAAGAACCGGGUAUGGAUCAACGGUGGCCACUUUCACGUGCAGAUGACCUACAGUCCCAACGCGGUCCCGAUCCAUCCACCAGCAAAACCAGGCGGUCCGACGCUGAGAGAACGAGUGCAAAUUCUACAGGCUGAGAUUCAAAAGUAUACAUCUAGGAAAGUACGCCACAGCCCGUUCUAUUCUCCAGACGCACCGUUCAAGGGCGACUUCCACCGUCUGGCCCGGCGGCUCUGCGGCAAAUCCGUAGGCCUCGUGCUUGGUGGUGGCGGCGCGAGAGGCAUUGCGCAGAUCGGCAUCAUCCGUGCCAUGCAGGAGGCGGGCAUCCCAAUCGACAUUGUGGGCGGCACAUCAAUCGGCGCUUUCAUCGGGGCCCUGUACGCGCGGCAUGCGGACUUCGUCCCCAUCGUCGGCGCGGCCAAGAAGUUCUCUGGCCGCAUGGCCAGCAUGUGGCGGUUCGCGCUCGACCUGACGUACCCCUCGGCGUCGUACACAACAGGCCACGAGUUCAACCGCGGCAUCUUCAAGGCCUUUGGCAACACGCAGAUCGAGGACUUCUGGCUCGACUACUACUGCAACACGACCAACAUCUCCAAGUCGCGGGCCGAGUUCCACACGAGCGGGUACGCGUGGCGGUACGUGCGGGCGUCCAUGUCGCUGGCGGGCCUGCUGCCGCCGCUGUGCGACGAGGGCAGCAUGCUGCUGGACGGCGGCUACGUGGACAACCUGACGGUGUCGCACAUGAAGUCGCUCGGGUCCGACGUCAUCUUCGCCGUCGACGUCGGCGCCCUCGACGACAGCACCCCGCAGGCCUUUGGCGACUCCCUCUCGGGCAUGUGGGCCUUCUUCAACCGCUGGAACCCCUUCUCCUCCGUCGCCAACCCCCCGACCCUCGCCGAGAUCCAGGCCCGCCUCGCCUACGUCAGCAGCGUCGACGCCCUCGAGCGCGCCAAGACCCUGCCGGGUUGUAUCUAUAUGCGCCCGCCGAUUGAGGAGUAUGGGACGCUGGACUUUGGGAAGUUUAUGGAGAUUUAUGGGGUGGGGUAUAAGUAUGGGCAGGAGUUUCUCGGGCGGCUGAGGGAGAGGGGUGUGUUGCCGCUCGGGGAGGAGAUGGGUGGCAAGAAGGGGUUGAGGAGGACGAUGGCGCCGAGGAGGGCGAGUAUUUAGGGGGGUUGUUUUUUAUUCGUGGUGUUGGUCAGGCAUGAUGAGCGAUGCGAAGUUUGGGUGUAGCAUUUACGGGUGUUCAGGUAGGCGAAGAGAUAGAUAGCGCUGCAUUGUACUCUGCAUGUUGUCUGUUGCUGUUAUAAUGAUGUUAUAAUGGCGGGUGGUUUAUUCGACUGGCGAUUAUGUGCAUCUGUAUUAGAUUGUCACAUGGUCGAUUGUGAUGCUAAAGAUACCUUUGACGGUGGCUUAAGCGGCAUCGAUAUCGAGAGUUUGGGUGAGUGAAACGGGCAUGGUAUUCAUCGUUGUUGGGUAUAGUUAUGUAG